GUUGUUCUUGCUAGUCUUGCACUGACAGUCCUACGCAGUAGAAUAUUUUAGUUCAAUAAUUAAUAACAAAUUAAUUGAUAAAAUGUUGAAGACAUGUUUUCUUCUUUUCUUUUUUGGAGCCCAAUCCCAGGGUUUUUUAUUCAGGUAUCCCUGGCAUGCAAGCUGUUCUCUAAAAUGGAGGGUUGCGGAGCCCUGUGAACAGUUUAAGAUAAAGAUGAUAAACCAAAUUAGAGAUUGGGAGGGAGAUGCUUUAUGUCCCGGAACAAGUUCAACUUGUCCUGCUCUACCCUGUGGACAGAGAUGUUUAUACGAUUUUGUUUCCGUAAACGGAAACGAGAUUAAAGCUACUCAUACAACUCCAGUAGCAAGGUAUAUUGAUGACCUGACCUUUAAGCUGACCAGCUCAGGGGGAGCUUGUAUAGUUGAUGCUAACUCCAACUCAAGGCUCUGGUAUGCUGUGCUUGAUAAGGGAACUAAUUACUGCAAUCUACGAAAUUUAGUGGACGGAGCAGGGUAUACAGAGACAUCUCUUACAGAAGAAACCAAUGAUGGCAUCUGUACUCAGUACACUAGCAGAGAUUGUUCUAGAUUCUAGACUAUACUCAGUACACUAGUAAAUAUUAUUCUAGAUUCUAGACUAUACUCAGUACACUAGCAGAGAUUGCUCUAGAUUCUAGACUAUACUCAGUACACCAGCAAAUAUUAUUCUAGAUUCUAGACUAUACUCAGUACACUAGCAGAGAUUGUUCUAGAUUCUAGACUAUACUCAGUACACUAGCAGAGAUUGCUCUAGAUUCUAGACUAAACUCAUUACACUA